AGCAUAAUGAUGGAAAUACACACAAUUUUCUACUCGUCAGUUUAUAAUAAAAUGACAAUGAAAAAUCCACUAUUGGUUUAUCAAGACUCGUGGAAUAUGGCUGCAUUUAUGAACACCUUGUAUCAGAUUAAUAGUCGUUGUCACUUUGUUCAUAAUAGUCAAUGUGUGAUAGACAAGAAAACUACAAAUAGUUUGAAAGUUUUUCAAUCCUCUAGAAAGAACAAAAAUAUUUUAGUUGUCUUGAAAAAACGCGACAACGGACCUCAGUGUUCACAGGAAAACAAGUCCACUUCGGGUAAAGAGAGACUUGAGUUUGCUCCUGUAGACUUGAGUAAAGAAAGUCCUUCGAAAGAGUUGGUCUUUCGACGGGAUGAACUCGAAGAACGGGAGACUAGAGUUAAUGUGGGUUAUGAUUGUCGUUGUGAAGAAGCUUUGAAUAACCAUAUUUGUGUCGAAUACACGGCUUCCUAUGUUUAUCACGGACUCUUUGCCUUUUUUGAUAGAGAUACUGUGGCUCUUCCAGGAUUUGCAAAAUACUUCAACGAACAGUCAAUCGAGGAAAGACAACAUGCUCAUGAGUUUAUUCAAUAUCAAAACGCAAGAGGUGGAAGAGUGGUAUUGAAGCCUAUUGCACUUCCAGAAAUGGGUUUCGAAAGCGUUGAUGCCACGUCGGAUGUGCUAUAUGCGAUGGAUCUGCACUUACAGUUGGAAAAGUAUGUUUACAGGAAAUUGUUGCAAUUGCAUAAAGUUGCAACAGAAGCUGAAGAUGUUCAGUUACAAGACUUUGUGGAGAAAUAUUUGGAGCAUCAAGUGGGAGCCAUAAAGGUUGCUGCAGAAUAUGUUGCGCAGAUAAAGAGAGUAGGUACUGGUCAUGGCGUUUAUGAUAUCGAUAGAAAAUUGUUAUGAGUCAUCGGAUACAUUGUUGUUGUUUUCACAGCGGUUGAUUAAAAUGAAGAAUUUCAGCUUGGCCGAAACAUUCCAUCCUUCCAAUCCGUUUUUGUUGGGUGACUUGCUCACUUGCCACCAGUACUAUCUGUUUAGGAAGAAAGAGAGAGAGAGAGUUUUGUAAAAUAAUACUUCAAGUCGCUAAAACGGACCUUUGAGUUCUGAGUUCUCCACAGCAAG